AGACAGAGUUUGUUAAAGAGGAGAUUGAAGACAUGAGUGAUACAGAACCAUCCAGAAUAAAACAUGAAGAUACUGAGGAACAAACAGACUGGAUGGAGAUGAAAGAGCAAAGACAAGAACUGAACGAAGAGGAGGAGAAACGUGACUUCAACACUCAAAAAACACAAACCAAACCGCUGCACACCUGCUCACAGUGCGAAAAGAGUUUCAAGUGCAAAGGAUACCUUAAAAAGCACAUGAUAGUCCACACUGGAGAGAAAUCGUACACAUGUGCUCAGUGUGGAAAGAGUUAUUCGCGACUGGACACUUAUAAACGGCAUCAGAAAAAACACAAUGGAGAGAAACGGUACAACCUCCGUGUAAAACGUAAAAAAAAGACUUUCACAAAUACAGGUAGUCUCAAAAAUCAUCUGCACGUUCAUGCUAGAAAAAAGUCGUAUAACUGUGAUCAGUGUGGUAAAGAUUUAAAUUCAUUGUCGGGUCUCAGUCGACACAUGAAGUUGCAUAGAAAUGAGAGGCCUUAUUGCUGCUCUUACUGUGGAAAGAGUUUUACACAGCUGAGCAAUUGUAAACAGCACCAGAAAAUACACACCGGCAAGAGAGAUCAUGUGUGUCGUGAGUGUGGAAAGAGCUUUAUUACAGCUGGUGAUUUAAAAAGGCACUUAAAAAUUCAUACUGGAGAAAAACCUCACAAGUGCUCAUAUUGUGACAAGAGUUUCUAG